UGCUGGCAAAUAGAAUGUGACGGUGAUCAUAUUCAGAGCAUUGGGGAGCGAGAACCAGCAGCACAAGUACAUGUUGCGACUUUUUUUUUUACUUGCCUUUGCACAUCAAACGGAAGCAACUUCUCUCGACACUGACUCUCUCACCUUAAACUGAAUGAGCCGGCGGGCACCACUGCUUUUUGGAAUAAACUGACUGGUACGGAUUGCAGUAUUGUAAUGCACAAGGCACGGCGAGGAGGGAGAUAUUUUGAGAAUAUUGUUAUAACUGGAAUUAUACUCCACAGGCAUCUCGGAAGGUAACGCCUGAGUCAACAAUUAGGAUAUCAGGGGACAAUCGUCGUUCAGUGCCGUGGAUAACCUUAAUGAAGGACCACUUCGGACAGAGAUAAAAACGACUUCCUUCAGUUGGCUUUACCAACGGAUGGACAUGGGAUUACCAGUUUAGAUUCUAUGCGGCGACGGGUGCAGAGCGCACAUAUCGAAGUGUGCACAGUUCGAAGGCGAGAUCUACUAAAGCGAAGGGGAGGAUGUGCUGAAAGACAAAAUUGAGAAUCGUUAGAGCACAGGUCUGCAGGGCAACCAAGCAGGCGAGUCUGGAUCAAUCGCCAUACGGUACCUGUGUGAAAAGUGCACUCUUUGAGCAUAAAAGAAUAUUUGUAGAACUUUUAGAAUUAGCUAAAUCUAGUCGAUCUGAAUAACAGGCGGAUGUGAACAUGCUUAUAAAACGGUUUGGAACCUCCCAAUAAAAGCAUCGCUUCCCCUCCAGGGCUGUGUGACACCGCUAGCUGCACUUUUUGCACCAGAACUCGCUUCGCAGUUUAACCAAGGACACGCGUGCCAGCCGGAACGUUUACAGUCAUUUAGAAAAGUCGUAUUUGCAUUCAUUGGCGGCUGCCCAUGCCUUCGUCUAGCAGGCCAGCGAAAUAAACUCCAUGUGGCGUUGAAUCCAGCUGGGUUUACGUUGUAUCAGUUCCUUUGAAACACCAAGUCACCAAGUUGAUCAGGAUCGUUGCUGCUGAAACGACAAUAAGAAUGGCUGGAGUGGGGUGCUGUUGGAAAUACUACCUCUGGAUUUUGAUUGCCAUGUGCAGAUCUGCACUGCCCGUUGCAAAAUCCUUGGAAUCAGUUAUAUGGAGCUCUCAAAACCCCAAGUUUCAGUCUGGGAAAGGCUUGGUCAUUUACCCGGAGAUUGGAGACAAGCUGGACAUCAUCUGCCCAAAGGCGGACGACGGGCGACCAUACGAGUACUACAAGCUGUACCUGGUGAAGAAGCACCAGGCUGACGCCUGCAGCACAGUCAUGGACCCCAACGUGUUGGUCAACUGCAACAAGCCUGAGAAGGACAUCAAGUUCACCAUCAAGUUCCAGGAAUUCAGCCCAAAUUACAUGGGCCUGGAGUUCAAGAAGAACAUUAACUACUACAUCACCUCCACUUCCAAUGGGACCCUUGAGGGACUUGAGAACAGAGAAGGAGGGGUCUGCAACACUCUCUCAAUGAAGAUCAUCAUGAAAGUCGGACAGGAUCCAAACGCGGCAGUUCCAGACCCAGUAGUCACAGAGGAUCCAGGCAAAGUGCAGGAUGAUAUUGUGAAGGCUGCCACAACUAGCCCUGCCAGGAGAGACAGGGAACGACCAGUGGAGCAAGGCAACACAGAAACCAUCAACCAAGAUAACAAGUCCAACCUUGGUGAGGGAAUCUUUGGCUCCAAGGCGGCACUGUUCGCAGCCAUCGGGGCAGGCUGCGUCAUCUUCAUCAUCAUCAUCAUCUUCCUCAUCAUCCUGCUGAUUAAGAUCCGGAAGCGGGCCAGGAAGCACACCCAGCCACGGGCCCCGGCCCUGACGCUCAGCACGCUGGCCAGUCCCAAGGGCUCGGGGAACGCGGGCUCGGAGCCCAGUGACAUCAUCAUCCCAUUACGGACUACAGAAAACAACUACUGCCCCCAUUACGAGAAGGUGAGCGGGGACUACGGCCACCCAGUCUACAUAGUCCAGGAGAUGCCACCACAGAGCCCCGCCAACAUCUACUACAAAGUGUGAGGAAGAGGGAACAAAAAAAAAACGAGAGGUGAUGGUUUAUCGAACAUUUGCUUUUUUCUAGAGAAUUCUGGCCUACCUUUUUACUACCUUGACCUUCUGACGUUGGAAGACACUUUCUGUUACUGAAACGGUGACACCAGAAUAGAAAAUCUAAAAGAGAGCGACAGAAACAGAAAAGAGGUCAGCUAUGGACACGGAAGUCAUGGCCUCUCGCUUCUCACCCUCCUGUGUUUCCUCUGCUCUUCGGAUCUAAGAGGCAGUUCCGAGUCCCACGUGUUCCACAGUUUUCAUCACUGUUCCAAAUCUCUCGAAGGAAGAUGUGGGAUUUUAAGAUGACCAGGCCUUUGCUUAAGGACAGCGCGUUGUCCUUGAUCGCAGAGAGACUAGGUGGGGGGGGACAGGGUAUGUGAGAAGACGUGAGCCCUGCAUUAGUGGGCUGUCUGUCACAUGAGAGCUUCAUUGCUGAUGUGAAGCUUUCUGAGAUUGCUCAGGUAACCGGGCACAAUGCGAUGACAAAUAGCUGAACACCAUACUCUUUCACUCCAUGUU